CGCCGAUUAACUGCAAUAAUUGUUAUCGAUAACUAACUUGCCUAUUACGACGCGGUGACUUCGUUUAAAAAAGUAAAGUGUAUUUAAAUCAAAAACAGUAUUAACAUUAUGUAUCGCAAGUUCAAGAAGCGCGCUAAUCCAGUCAAUCCCAAGCCACUCAACCCAAUUGACGAGAAUGCGACAAUUAAAAUACCACGCCUUUCUACUGUUGAUAAAACAGACGAUGCCAUCGAGUCCUUCUCCCGGGAGAGUGAGGAGAAUAUCCCAGCGUCGCAGGAGCAAACGCAGCGCUUUCUUUCCCAGCACAGUAUUGCGUUGGCAGCCACUUUAGGACGUACUCAAUCGUCCUCGAGGAUCAACUGUUCUCGCCAGCCCAACACUUUCUUUGAGAUGGUGCUGCUCAAUGCGGGUGUACAACUAGAUCAUGAUGAUACAUUUGUUCUAUCCUGCGAUCACAUUGCCAUUGUGGCCAAGCUACGCGAUAUUCUUGUGCGCUCUCCCAAAUAUCCCGACAAUAUUGAGACCUUUAAAACGGGCUUAAAUGCCGCACUGGCUCCGAAAUCAAAGCUGGCCCAAAAACUUCUAAGUGGCUGUACGAUUGAUACUGCUGGUGAGGAGCAGGCGUAUCAGUCACAGAACAGCAUGUUCAUUAACUUCCUCAUGAUUGACUUUCUACGCGAACCUUGUCUCGAGGUGCUCUUCAACAAAAUCGAAGAGAUUGCCAAGCUGGAUCGUGUCCAAACGAUUCCCGGUUGCCUACCCUUGUUGCCACUGAUGUUGGGCCAAUUGCGCUAUUUAACUCUGUCGCACAGCGAUCAGAUUUACUCGCACAUCGAACGCAUCUUCAACAUUGGCAGCGACUCGACAAAAAUGGACAUUAUCAACAAUGCUGAAUUUGUCUUGGAUGCCAGCAAGCACGAUGACUUUGUGGAUCUGCUAAUCAUUAACUACGCCAGCAGCAAGGAUCUGUUCCAUUUGAGCACUGUGCAAAUGCUCAGCAAUUUGUCGCUGAAUGCUAGGUCGCAAGGAAAGCUGCGUGAGCGUAUCUUGGACUUUAUAAAGGAGGACAGCAGCUGCUCCAAUGUGUUACUGCCUCAUCUUAUACGCCUGCUUCUAAAUAGUCUCAAUCAAGAUACAGAUGACAUUGUGCGAGAGCUGGUCUCUACGCUGCGUGAAGUGUUUAAUUGGCGGUAUAGAGCACAAGGUGAUGCGGUGGAAAUGGCCAGACCGGCGGCCAAUGAGAAGCAAUCUCAAUUGGAACUGUUUGGCUUUUUGCAGCAAGGUUUAAGACGCUCCAAGCGUUUCUAUCAGAUGUGGCAGCGGAUUAUUGCCGGUUUGCCGGCCAUGGAAUUUAGAUCCUUUGAUUUCAUAAUGUUGCUGCUGCUCAUACACAUCAACGAGGACAAUACGCUAUACAUUCAGAACCUUCUGCGCAGACGCAUUAAGUUGGAGCACAUCACAGUGGAUAUACUAGAUGAAGUCAAAGAGCAUUAUUCGCACAUUUUGGAGCUGCAUAUAAGCGUUUUGAUGCACAUUUUACAUGAUUUUGUACGCGAAAAGAAUCGCAUUGUGGCAGACUUUGCUAAAGGUUCUUAUAGCAUACUCUUCAAACUCUGCAACUCGAUACAAAAGAAUAUACUGAAGAAGCUGCUGGAGCUAACUUUUGAUAAGUCUGCCCAGCAUGUGACCACAAUGUCGCUGAUAUUGAUGCGUGAAUUGCAGCGCAAGAACUCAAAGCAUAUACAGAAUUGUGCCAUGCUCUUGCUGCCACUGCUGGAUCGUCUCAGCGAUUUGACACUCCCACAAACACGUCUGGCAAUGGAUUUGCUGUGCCAUGUUGCCUUCCCGGAACCCAAGCUGAAGGAAUGUGCACCACUGCAGGAUCAAAUCGAAAUGAUGGUCAAAAAGCAGCAGAUCAAUCGCACUGACUAUGUGCAGCGGCAGGGCAUCAUUGGCUGUGUGCAACUCAUUGAUGCUGUGGCUCGUAUCGAGACGCAGCUGCUUGAGAACGACGACUUGCAAACUAGUGUGGAGAGCAUUACUUCUUUGCCCGAUGGACGCAGCAAGCAGGCAGCUAACCUGAUUAUGCUCACCCAGUCAGCCAUACGCAACUCUCCUGAAUUGCUGGCAUUGUUCUAUGACGAGUUGGCCAGUGUUUUGACUGUGCGUUAUUACAAUGCGGAAUCAGCUUACAUGCUGGAUAACAAGUUUCUGAUUUGGCUAUGCGAACUAAUGACCUAUCGCUUCCAGCAGAGUUUUGUCAGCGAGCAUCAGCCAAAUGCCAUCAAAGGCAUUCAACUGGAGUACCAGAAGAAUAUUAAUGAGCUGGACGAAACCAAUGUGAAUACGGAGUCUGAAGUGCUGAGCAUUGGCAUCAAUAUAUCCGAGCUAGUUCUAGCGCCGAAUAGCAACGCUUGUGACUCCAUUUUUGUUCUAGCCCCUCUUUUCAACUUGGUCAGCGUGCUGCACAAUCAACGUUAUCAAUGCAGUUUGGAGGUAAUCAACGCUCUUCUCGGAUGUGCCAUCAUAUUGCCUUCGUUCUUUGAUGAUGCCAAUUAUAUGGCCGUCUUCGACAACUAUGAUGAGGAACUGCAGAAGCAAAUCUUAAACAUUUACUUUCACACAGUCAACUGGAUACGCGUUACGAUUUGUGCCUUUGCCUCACAAAAGCAUGAUGCCACACGCAAGCGUGUGUUAAUGCGGCUGGGUGAUUUAAUCUGCAUAGAGCAGCGUUUAAAGAUACUUUUGACCCACGCACCUGUUGGUUUUGUGCCGCCUCCGUGUCAAUUCUUAAACAACCCAAAGCCGAAGACAGCACAACAAGGUGUGCGUGAAAAACGUCAGACGGGCAAGCAAUCGAAAGCAAUUCUCAGUGAAUCAAUCAAAGAGACGGAGGACAAUCAGCAACAGUUUGGCAACCAUUCGAAAGUUGGCGAUUUGACUAUCAAAUUGGGCUCUUGCAAGCCGGUAAAAUGCAAAAUUGACUUUGAGUCAUUGUACGGGUCAUUGGAGCGCUAUCGACAGCUCGAUGUUGGCAUUAUAGUGCUGCUCAAGGAGGAACCUUUUACGCUGAAUCAUCCACUUGAAUCUGAAGAGGUUGGCACGCAUUUGGGUUUACUUGAGUUGCGCUUCAUACUCACAGACCUGGUGCAUAAGUUGGAAACCGUCAUCAAUGGCCAUCAGGACGUAACAGACGCCGAUUCAUUGAGGUCGCAUGUCGCCAAGCCGGAGCAUUUCAUGUGCGAUUUACAAGAAUGUCUCGGAGAAAUCACAAUGCGUUUAAUUACACUCGCUGAGCACAUUGACGAGCAGUUGGAAAAGGUCAAUAAUGUGCAUAGCAAUUUGGAUCUGUUCAAGGACAAGUUUAAUUACGUGAAAACCUGUUUCGGCUUGUGUAUUCAUUUGUUUGCUUUGUACUUCUCUUGGAGCGAGUGGACUGACAAGUCGCAGUCACAGCUGCUGCAAUCCUCUCUGCGAAAUGCUCUGCCACCUGCCAAGCGCAAGUCACUCAAGAAGCCGUCGCAAGCUAGUCUUGCCACCCAGGUCUUUGAUUACUUCCUGAAGUACGAGAAAUCGGUGCUAAGCCUUGGCACCGCUGUCCAGCUGCAGCGUCUGCUACGCAGCCUACGGAAGCUGGGCGCCUCUGGGGAAAAUGCUGCCAAACGAGCUGUGCAGCAAGGCGAGGAAAUACGUAAAUUAUGCACCAUAAUGUUGAAACGCAAAUGGUUUCAUUAUUCGGGUAGCCUGGAGAAGGGUGCACAGUGUAACAUUCAUCUGGACGAGCUUGUGAAGGGCUUUCUCAAAGAUUCUCCUUACGAUCGUCAAAAGGACAUUUUGUCAGAUCUAAAUGAGGAGUGUGGACUCUUGAAUAAAAAAGACACAGCAUUGGAUUCGUUUCCUAACAUCAAAAAAGCCAACUUUCCGCUGCUGUUUCGCGGCUUGUGCGAGAUUCUUAUUGCCACAUUAAGCGGCCAGUGCACGGCAGACACUGCUGGCGAUCGUUUCCAGCUUUGGGAAUCGACAAUAGGAUUGCUAAAUGGUUUGCUGAAUGUCGUUAAAAAGGUGGAGCAGCCUCGAAAUUUUGGAUUAUUCCUGAAGCACUCGCAGCUGUUCUUGAAGCUGUUGUUGCAACAUGGACUUCCCGUGCUCGAAACUAUUGUACGCGACAGUCCCGAGCGACUUGUCACAUUUCUAAGCGAGCUGCAGAAUGUAACCAAGUUUUUGCACAAUUUGUGCUGUCAUUCGAAGAGUAUUAAGAACACUGCCAUCAUUUGUUAUAUACCCAGUCUACGCGAAACUCUCGAGACACUGGUGUUUCGAAUGAAAGCUUUGCUGGCGGCCAACAAGUGUCAUGCGGCCUUCCACAUUAGCAUUUUGGACAACAAGGAUCUGCAUGGCGAUGCGAUUCGAACGCCCGCCGGCUCCUUUGCAACUGAAACGAAUAGCGACGAGGAAAUACCCGCAGAUGACGAUGAUGUCGAUGAAACCGUACUCGACGACACUAUGAGCAUAAGCAGCUCGACCAGACGUAGCAGCUUGGAGAAUCGGAGCAGUAAAUCAUCUUCACUCAGCAAAACAUCUUCGCGCAGUAAAUGCUUUUAAGACUAUCACAUAUGUAAAUA